AUGACGUCGUAUAUAAAUCAUCCAUUUGUAGUGUGGGGGUCGUGUUAUUUAUGGCUUACUGCUUUGUUCGCUAUUAUCUGGUCUUUAUUGCUUUUCGUUUGUAUUGGCGAUAUGCUAAUUUUAACAGGCACUGACUUGAUAAAUGCAAUUGUCUUACUGUCAGGAAUACUCACUCUACCCGCAAACAUACACAUUUUAUGUGCUAUAUCUAACGGCAAGAAGAUUGAUUAUAAGUCUAGGGUGCUCUGUUGUCCGCUUUGGCUUUGUUUUAUGUGGAUAAUAUUAAUAAACUGUAUUGGUGUAGUGCUCUGUGCUCACAAGAUAGCCAUAUGCAGGAAGACCACACAUGAUCGACUCAAUAAUACAAUCAAGCAUUAUAGAAGUAUUCCAAGAUAUAAACACUUUGUUGACAAUUUGCAAUGGUCUCUGAAAUGUUGCGGGCUGAAUUCCUACAAAGACUGGUUUGACUAUGACUGGUAUGAUAAAGUAAGAGAUUAUGACUGGGAUCCGCCAAAAAAGCCACUUUCAAAUUCAGUUCGAUUUGUUAAGCCACUUACAGACAGCGUGCCUCUAAGUUGCUGUAAAAGUGGGUCAUGUAUAGCGAAUUAUCUUCUAGAAUUGGGCACAGGUUCAAUCAAUACACGAGGCUGUGGGGAUAUAAUGACUAAUAUCAUGAUGACUCUAAUGACAAUUCAUAUUAUCAUGUUUGUUUCCGUCAUCACAGUUGAGGCAAUAUUACUGAAAGUACUAAUAGGUAGUAGCGAACAAACUCGUACUACUUCUCCAAUGAGACCACCAUGCUGCAAAGAACAAGUCCACCUAAGAAAUAUUAUGUCCAUUGAAAAUAAUUUUCGUGCUUCAAGUACAUCGUUACGCUUGAUGCCUGAUGAAAGCGAUGGCUAUGACAAGAUCGUACGACAAUCGGUUACAUCACGACAUUGUCUUAGACAUCCGAGAGCAAGCCGCGCAGACUUGGAGAUUUCAAGACAGUAA